UUAUUUUGCAUUAAUAAGCAAUCGUGGGCUGAAGUUUUGCAGUUAUUUUCUGAGGGUGGAGUUUGUUGAAGCUGCGCGCUGUCUAUCAACCAGGAAGUCCUCAAUAAGACAUAUUCACUUUCCAGAUGCAGAGGAAUGGAGGUGGGCAUCUUUCUGCCAUGAAUAAGCGGAAGUCUUUUCCCCACAAUGUUGUAAAACCCUCCAAGACGCCUAGGACAGAUGGUAAAACACAUGUACAGGAUGAGGAGGAGGUUGAUGAGGAAGAUGGAGUCCAGCAAGAACACUCACUCUCUGCUUCGGGUGCUGGUGAUAUUGGUGUGAUUGAAAGUAUCACUUUAAGGAACUUUAUGAGCCACCAUUUGCUUGGACCUUUCAAAUUUGGACCAAAUGUCAACUUCAUUGUUGGGAACAAUGGGACUGGGAAAAGUGCCAUUCUGACAGCACUUAUAGUGGGUCUUGGUGGAAAAGCAACCACAACCAAUAGAGGAACAUCUUUGAAGGGCUUUGUGAAAUAUGGAGAGAGUUCUGCGGACAUUAAAGUGAAAUUAAAAAACAGAGGAAAUGACCCUUAUAAAGGUGACAUUUAUGGAGACAGUAUCUGCAUUGAGCAUCGGAUCUCAAGUGAUGGUUGCAGGACUUGUAAAAUCAAGAAUAAAAUGGGGCAUGUCAUUUCCACAAAGAAGGAGGAGUUAACUGCUAUACUGGACCAUUUUGGCAUCCAGGUUGACAAUCCUGUGUCAGUCCUUAAUCAAGAAAUGAGCAAACAGUUCCUGCAUUCAAAAAGUGAAGCAGACAAGUACAAGUUUUUCAUGAAAGCAACUCUUUUGGAGCAAAUGAAAAGAGACUACAUUCACAUCAAGCAGACUAAAGCCUUGACACGUGACCAAGUGGAAAGACAAGAGGAGUGUCUCAAAGAUCUCAGGCAGUUGUUCUUGCAAAAGAAAGAAAGAUAUGAACGCCUGUCAUCACUCGACGAUAUGAGACAGACUCUGGAGGACCUGAAAAAGAAGAUGGCGUGGUGUUUGGUGAGAGAGAAGGAGAGGCAAGUUGAACAGCUGAAGGAACAAAUUGAAAAAGAAGAGUCUGAUUGUAAAAAUGAAGAAAAACUGCAGCUCUGUCAGAACAAAGUUUCCGCUGCUGAGAAGAAAGCGCAGGACAUCCAGAUGAAGCUUUGCAUGCUUAGAGAAGAGCAGGAACGUUUGGCAGAGGAGAGCCGUAAAAUGAAGGAGGAAAUUAAAGACAAAACAAAAGCACAGAAAAAUCAGGAGGUGGUUUACUUCCGUGCUGAGAAUAAAUUGAAACAGUUAGAAAAGGAGCAAUGCCUUCUUCAGGAGAGAAUUCACAAAAUAAGUCAUGGCAGUGGCAGAAGAAGUCAUGAGACUGAGCAUGCACAGCAUCUAAAAAAAAUAUCUGCCUUCAAAAAGCAGCUGGAAAAGCUUGAGACAGAGUCCAAUGCUCUGAAUCAAGAGAUUAAGGACAAACAACAAGCUCUGCAUAAAGGAAGAGAGGAAUAUGAUAAACUGAGCAUGGAGGAAAAAAAUAUCCAGGUUUCUCUGGAAUUCAAACUGAAGAGAAAAAAGCAGCUGAUGGCCAGCAGAUCCAACAGACUGAGACGGUUUGGUGAUAACAUGCCAGAAUUGUUGGAGUCCAUCGACAAAGCCUUCGCUCAGGGCCGAUUCAUCAAGAAACCUGUAGGACCAAUAGGUGCCUGCAUCAGCCUAAAGGAUCCCAGUUUAGCAGUGGCUGUGGAGAGUUGCUUACGAAGUUUCAUCAAAACCUUUUGCUGUGACAAUUACAGGGAUGAAAAAGUCCUGCAAGAACUGAUGUCAGUAUAUUUCCCAAAAGGCAGUAGGCCUCAGAUAAUGGUGUGCCCAUUUACAGACCGUGUUUAUAACCUUCAUGGCCGUGGAGUCCAUCAUCCUGAGUUUCCAUCAGUGCUGGACUGCCUCAAUGUUGAGAACCCAGUGAUAACAAACUGUCUUAUUGACAUGAGGGGCAUUGAGAACAUUCUGAUUAUCAAAGACCAUGCUCGUGCAAGGAAAGUCAUGCAGGGUUCGAGACCACCAAGGAAUUGCCGUGAAGCCUUCACUGCAGAUGGUGAUCAAGUGUACACCAAUCGGUCUUAUACCCCUGACAAGGAAGUACUGGUCAAAUAUCUUGGUGGUGACCCAGAAGCAGAAAUACGUCUAGUGGAAUCAGAGCUGGAGAACACUCAGGCUCAACUUUCACGGUUCCAGCUUCACUUGAGCUCUGUGAAGGAGGACAUUCAGUUCAUGGAGGAGAAGUUACGUAGUGUCGUCAUGGCCUGCAAAAAAAAUCAGGAAAGUAUAAAUAAGGUUAAAGCUUGUAUAAUAGAACUUGAGAACAUUGAAGAGGCACAGGCUGAGGACAUCAGCUCCCUGGAAGAAGAUGCACAAGAGAAUGAGCAGAAGAUCGAAUCAGAGAGGAGAAAUGUAAAAGAGGCUCAAGAUGAAUUAAAGAAUCAUGAAAGAGUGCUCAUGAAUAUUAAUCAGAAAUAUAAAGAUGUGAAAAAUAAAAUGGAGCAGCUCUCAGAUGAGACAGAACAACUGAAGGAGGAGCAAGUGAAGGCAGAGACUGUGUGCAGUAAACUCGAUCAAGCCAUGAAGGUCUUUGAGAAGAAACUCGAGGAUCAUCAGGCCAAUAUUCAGGCCAUGAGAGAUGAGCUGUCACUCAGAGAGGAAGAAAUGCAGGAUUGUGAAGCCAAAGCCAAAGAGAUCUGUCCUGUGCGACAGCAGGCUGAUCAGAGUGCCAGAAGUAUUGAUGUUGAGAUCACACGCCUGCGACAAAAAAUCUCUACGCAAGAGAGCAGCCACGGUGACAAGGAACAAGUUAUCCGAGAGUACGCAGAAGCUCACAGUAAUUACAAAAGCAAAUCCAGCCAGCUGAGGGAUCUCAGGAAGUUUAUCGAUCGCCUCGACAACAUCAUGAUUGACCGUCAGGACCGAUACAAAUCACUGCGACGGUCACUUUCUGUGAGGUGCAAGCUGUACUUCAACAACUUCAUGAUGCAGCUGCACUGCUGUGGCUCUAUGAUGUUUGACCACGUCAAUGAAACUCUUUCAAUUUCAGUGAAACCCCCAGGUCAGGAGAAAAACAACGUCAGUGACAUGCGUUCCCUCUCAGGAGGAGAGCGCUCCUUCUCCACUGUCUGUUUCAUUCUGGCACUCUGGGAAAUUACUGAGUCGCCCUUCCGGUGCCUGGACGAGUUUGAUGUCUACAUGGACAUGCACAAUCGCAGCAUUUCACUGAACAUGCUUGUGGCGCUUUCAGAGCGUCAGCAUCUGCGACAGUUCAUCUUCAUCACCCCUCAGUCCACCAGCCAUCUGCCCAAAAGUGCCCAUAUUACAAUCCACCAGCUUCAGGAUCCAGAGAAAGUAGCAGAGGAAGAGUGAGAUGUUUGAUAGGUACAGACAUUGCCUGGAGAGACUGUCCUUAAAGUGUGUAAAGUUAAUAUUUCUGUACAGUUUAUGCUUUUAUUUAUUUUUUUUAUAACAUUUUAUGGUUCUAGUUUGCAAAGAACGUUUUAAAAUUGCAAAGCAUUUACCCUUAAUAUGUGUGAUUGUGAACACAGUUCAUUUGUUCUGCUUCCUUCACACCAUUUCCUGUUCAUCUGGUCCUUUUGGAAAAGAAAAAAGGAGGUUCUGUUGUUUAACCGUUAGCACCUGCUAGUGAUGGUUUGAGUAUGUUUAGAGCAAGUAUUUGUCAGUUUAAACCAGCAUCCUCUGUAAUGAACCACAAUUCUGUUUCUAGUUAUUGUUAAUCAUUUCAUUUGUGGUCACAUACAACUAAGCACCUGCCUUCUGAAAACAACCCAUAGAUAUUUUAUUGAUUUUAAUCACAAUGUUGUCAGUGCAACUGUUACAUACCGAGUUGAAGACAUGCCACAAAUAAAACACAAACCUCAUAUUACACAAUUAAAUGACUGCUUAAAUUUGGCUUUACCGUAUUAGGUACAAAUAUUUACAGGGCAAAGAUAUACACUAUUUAUUGGGCAAUUGCAUUUUACAAAGAUCUGUCUAUUCUCCGCCAAAGGGUCUGAUGUCGUCCUGAGUGUCACAGGAGGUGAAAGGGUGUUUUUUUGUUGUUGUUGUUGUUGUUUGUUGCCAAAAUUUGGGAUGCCAUAUAUUUAUGUACUUCUUGGGAGAACAUAAAAUAUUGAGGAUACAAAAUGUUGAGAAUAAAUUAGAGAGGGUACUGGAAGGAGUGCAGCUAAAAAUCAUGGGUAUUUGAAAUGUUGAGAACUGGAGUAGAAAUAUUGUUUUACAAAAAACGGUUCAUUAAAAAUGCAGCACACUAAGAGUAAACGUGUACCAAACCCAUUCUGGAUAAGGUUUUGUUGUAAUACCAGGGGAAGUGGAUAACUUACCAUUACUAAAUGCCCUCCAGGGAAAAUUCACUUAAAAUGUUAUAUUGCCCAUUCUGUAUUAUUACUGAAAACAAAUUCACAGGCAACCAUUCAUGCAUGUGACGAUGAUACCGCGCAAAGUAAAAGAAAAAAAAGAAAAAGAAAAAAAAAAA